AUGCAUCCCUUCACUUUCCUCCUUCCCCUCGUCCCUCUCAUCACUGCCCUCCCCGCGCCCUUUGCGGCCCCUCCAAACAUCCCCACAACCUCGGCCGCACAAACCCAACUGUCUGGCCUAAGGGUAGCUCCCCAAGGCUCACAGACCGGCUACUCGCGCGACCUGUUCCCGCAUUGGACGACGCAGUCCGGAGCCUGCAACACGCGCGAAGUUGUGCUCGCGCGGGACGGGACCAAUGUCGUGAGAGACUCGAGCUGUGCGGCGGUGUCCGGAAGGUGGUAUAGUGCGUUUGACGGUGCGACGUGGAGUGCGGCGAGCGAUGUGGAUAUUGAUCAUAUGGUGCCGUUGAGUAACGCUUGGAAGUCCGGGGCGGCUUCGUGGACUACAUCGCGCAGGCAGCAGUUCGCGAACGACUUGACGAAUCCGCAGCUGAUCGCUGUGACGGAUAACGUCAAUCAGGAGAAGGGCGAUAAGGGGCCUGAGGCCUGGAAACCGCCAUUGGCCUCAUAUCACUGCACGUACUCGAAGAUGUGGAUCAAGGUGAAGAGCGUGUACGGCUUGUCGGUGACAUCGGCGGAGAAGAGCGCUUUGCAAGGCAUGCUUAACACGUGCUGA